CGGGCAAAACAAGCAAGUGUUGUUGCCAGGGCAACAAGCCAACAAACACUGUUUAAAACCCAGUGUUUAGAGGCGAUUGUUGGGAAACGUUUGAGGAAAAUGCUGCUGAAUGGCAAAGCACUUUCUAACUCAACAAAAAUCGGUAAGCAGCUGGCCAAAGAUGUGGGCGAGUUUCCUCCCAUGGAGAAGCUGAAUUGGUUGAUUCACCUGCAACACGUACGAGGCGAAAUUGCCAGCUGCAAGGAGUUGAUUAAUGGAGAAAUGGCGCGCAGUCAUGGAAAAAACGAAUAUGCCUUCUUCAAACAAGGAGUGAUCCUCAAAAGCCAGGGCAAUAUCCUAGAGGCUCUGGACACGUUCCAGAAGUGCUUGAAGCUGAACCAGAAAAACGCCAAUAUUCUCAAGGAAGUGGCCAGUUGUCUCUACGAAAUGGGGCGCUAUCGGCUCUCCCUCAACGCCCUUUUGGAGGCUGAGAAACUUUCGAAAAAUCCCGACUGGAAUCUGGAUUAUCUUAUUGCGAAAACUUAUGUGAAACUUGGAAACAGCCAGAAGGCCAAAGAGUACGCGCACAAAAGCGUCAAAGUUGGCAAACAAGAGGAAUCCUACGCUUUGCUGAUCAGACUCCUGGUUGGAGAGAAAGACUUCGCCUCGGCCAUUGCCGUAGGGAAUGCGGCUGCUGAGUUCUGUCCAGACAGUGUCCAGUUGCUGACCGAGUCUGGCCUGCUGUAUCUGAAGACUGGCCAGACUCAGCACGCUUUCGAGCGCCUGAGCCAAGCCUUGGCUCUGGAUCCAGCCUGUUCCAAAGCCCUGCUGGGCAUAGGAUGCAUCACUCACAGACACGAAGACUUUGAGGUGGCGCUCACCAAGUACAAAAUCGCCGUGCUUUACGAGCCAGAAUCCGUGGCACUCUGGAACAACAUCGGCCUGUGCUUCUACUCCAAACAAAAGUACAUUGCGGCCAUCAGCUGCUUGAAACGAGGCCUCUGGAUAUCGCCGUUGAACUGGAAAAUCCUCUACAAUCUGGCUCUGGUCCAUCUGGCUACCAAUCAGCCAGCAUCUGGAUUCAAUUUUGCCUGCGCUGCGGUUAAUUUGCGUCCGGAUGUGGGCGACUGUUUUGCUUUGUUGGGAUAUACAUUGUUUGAGCUAAAAGACACGGAGAAUGCCCUAAGAGCCCUCAAGCAAGCUCUUGUUUUGAUGCCAUCCGAUGUGUCUUUGUUGGCUAAUGGUAGUCUGAUGUUGGAGCUGUUGGGGUUUUACGAAGAAUCCGAAGAUUUCUUCAACAAGUUCAAGGUCUUAAUCGAUGAGGGACAUCAGGUUUCUAAUGAGAUUUUAAGUUUGAUGGAUCGGCUGCUGGUCGUGCAGUCUUCCAGAGCCGCUGAACAGCCGCCAGGUGCUUCAGUUGAGAAUAGUGGAACCGAGCAGAUGAAGAUCAGGAGCCAAAUGCAAGAAGACGAAGUGUAGAGGAAUUCCUUGCUUAGGAAGUUUCCAGGAUUUAUGUUAAGCUUAAGUGUUUUCGGGAAAAAGUGUUUUUCUACAGUUGUUUGAUCCCCCACUGAAAAAAAGAUUUCCAGCUAAAAUUGUUGUUAAUCUGAAAAGUUUCCCAAAACAGAGCUCAUGCGCUAACGGGGAAACUCUAGCCGGAAAAUUGAAAAGCGCUCAGUGUUUUCCCACGUUUGGCGCUCAUUGGAUCAAAGCGGUCCGAUUGAAAGUUGCGGAGUUUAAGCCGCGGGUUGUAAAGGAAAACUUGUCCUCAAGUGUAAGUAGUGUUUAGGUAGGAGGUUGAAAAUUCGUUUGGAUUCUUUGAGUGAUGGAAACUGAAAUGAAAUGAAUUUUUUUGCCUAAAAUGCUGUUGAAAUUGUUAAGUCUUGCCCCAUUUUUCCGGGAUUUUGGCGUAAAUUUACAACAGUUUUUUUCGCUUAAACACUUUAACUUCCUCUGGCCGUUUUGCC